AUGUCCAGCAACGGGAGAGUCAUACCCAAUACGGAGGAGCUCACGAAUGACGACUCCGCUGAAGACCAAAUACGUGUCAAGAUGAUCGGCGCCGUUGGGGACGACCGAUAUGGGGACAAAUUCAUCGUGGAGUUGAAGAAGAAUGGCAUCGACACUUCCAGCAUCGUAACGGUACCCAACACGCGAUCGAGCAUCUGCUUCGUCAUGGUGGAACACCUGACACGGGAGAACCGAUGUCUCUUUACGCUAGGUGCGACUGCUGCCUGGAAGAGGGAAGACUUUGCAAACGCUGAACAGCUUGGAGGCGGAACUCGACCGGCCUUGGUCGUGGCCCAGAUGGAAAUUGACAGAGAUGUCGUGGAAACCAUGGUUGAGACUGCGGGCAAGGCUGGCAUCGAUUUUUGUUUGAACGCAGCGCCCGCGACGCCCAUUGGCAAGCAAUUCUACCGACAUCUUACGCACCUACUCGUCAAUGAAUCAGAGGCAGCCAUCAUGACGGGUCGCGAUAGAGAUGAGGUCAAUGAGGGAACCUGGUCAACAAUUGCCCGGGAGUUCUUGGAUCAUGGCGUCAAGAAUGUGGUCAUCACCUUGGGUGCCAAAGGGGCGUUUUACGCCAACGCGACAGGCAGUGGUCGCUGCCCUGCAUUCGACGUUGCGGUUGAGGAUACUACUGGAGCAGGAGAUACCUUCACUGGCGCAUACGCCUCUGAUUAUUUGCGCCAGAAAGCCAGCGGGACUUGGGACAUUCGGAGCGCCGUCUGUCGCGCUAAUAAAGCUGCUGCAAUCACGAUCCAAAGCGUAGGGGCUCAAAACGGCAUCCCUUGGGCUGACGAAAUUGAGAACUUCAAUGCUCCUACGAGUCCCUGA